CCGCGUCCCCCCCCGGCCGCCCCGGGAUGUACCGUCGUUCCGCUGCCGUCCCAUCUCCUCGCAGCGUCUCUGCGGGGCGGCCCCGGCUCCCUCGGCCAUGGGGGCCGCGGCCCUGCGAGCCCUUCCCUGGGCUCUGCUGCUGCUGCUGGGCCCGCUGUUACCCGGGCAGGGUUUGCAGGCCAACGCCUCGCACGGUCCCGAACCCACCGAGGAGCAGCCGUGGGUUAAAGCCGGGGGUAUCACCGCCGCCCCCCCGGCCACGGCGCAGGAGGUUCACCCGCUGAACAGGCAGCACCACAACCAUUCGGCAGAGGGGCACCCCAAGACCCGCAAGGCUUUCCCCGUGCUCAGCAUCGACUACUCGCACGUCCGCAUCCCCUUCGAGAUCGCGCUCUGGAUCCUACUGGCCUGCCUGAUGAAGAUGGGCUUCCACGUCAUGUCCUCAGUGUCCAAAGUGGUUCCCGAGAGCUGCCUGCUCAUCGUGGUGGGCCUCCUGGUCGGCGGGCUCAUCAAAGCGGUGGGCGAGAAGCCCCCCAUCCUUAAAUCAGACAUCUUCUUCCUCUUCCUCCUCCCUCCCAUCAUUUUGGAUGCCGGCUAUUUCCUCCCCUUGAGGCAGUUCACCGAGAACUUGGGCACCAUCCUCAUCUUCGCCGUGGUGGGGACGCUGUGGAAUGCUUUCUUCCUGGGGGGGUUGAUGUACGCUGUGUGCCAGAUCGGUGGCAGUGGCCUCAACCACAUCGGCCUGUUGGCCAACCUGCUCUUUGGCAGCCUCAUUUCGGCUGUGGACCCUGUGGCCGUGCUGGCUGUGUUUGAGGAGAUCCACGUCAACGAGCAGCUGCACAUCCUGGUCUUUGGGGAGUCGCUGCUGAACGACGCCGUCACGGUGGUCCUCUAUCACCUAUUUGAGGAGUUUGCCAACUUUGAGCAAGUGACCAUUAUCGACAUCAUCCUUGGUUUCUUCAGCUUCUUCGUGGUGUCUCUGGGCGGCAUCUUCGUGGGCGUCAUUUAUGGCGUGAUUGCUGCCUUCACGUCCCGCUUCACCUCCAGCAUCCGCGUCAUCGAGCCCCUCUUCGUCUUCCUCUACAGCUACAUGGCCUACCUGUCCGCUGAGAUCUUCCACCUCUCCGGCAUCAUGGCGCUCAUCGCCUCUGGUGUGGUCAUGCGGCCCUACGUGGAAGCCAACAUCUCCCACAAGUCCCACACCACCAUCAAGUAUUUCCUUAAGAUGUGGAGCAGCGUGAGCGAGACCCUCAUCUUCAUCUUCCUGGGUGUCUCCACCGUGGCUGGUCAGCACUACUGGAACUGGACCUUCGUCAUCAGCGCGCUGCUCUUCUGCCUCAUCGCCAGGGUUUUAGGCGUCCUGGUCCUCACCUGGUUCAUCAACAAGUUCCGGAUUGUGAAGCUGACACCGAAGGAUCAGUUCAUCAUUGCCUACGGGGGCCUGCGGGGAGCCAUCGCCUUCUCCCUCUGUUACCUCCUCGACUAUGAGCACUUUAACAUGAGGGACAUGUUCCUCACGGCCAUCAUCACCGUCAUCUUCUUCACUGUCUUCGUGCAGGGCAUGACCAUCCGGCCCCUGGUGGAUCUGCUGGCUGUGAAGAAGAAGCAGGAGACAAAACGCUCCAUCAACGAGGAGAUCCACACGCAGUUCCUGGAUCACCUUCUGACGGGGAUCGAGGAUAUCUGCGGGCACUACGGCCAUCACCACUGGAAGGACAAGUUGAAUCGCUUCAACAAGAAGUAUGUGAAGAAGUGCCUGAUAGCAGGAGAGCGCUCCAAGGAGCCGCAGCUCAUCGCUUUCUAUCACAAGAUGGAGAUGAAGCAGGCCAUCGAGCUGGUGGAGAGCGGGGGAUUGGGCAAGAUCCCCUCCACCAUCUCCACUGUCUCCAUCCAGAACAUCAGCCCCAAGCCUGAGGACCGUACCGUCCCAUCCCUGUCCAAGGACAAGGAGGAGGAGAUCCGGAAAAUCCUUCGCACCAACCUGCAGAAAACCAGGCAGAGGCUGCGAUCCUACAACCGACACACGCUGGUGGCUGACCCCUAUGAAGAAGCCUGGAACCAAAUGCUGCUGAGGAGGCAGAAGAUCCAUGAGGCGGAUUACCAGAACGCCUACCUGACAGUGCCAGCCAACAAGAUCGAUUCUCCCACCAUGUCCAGGGCUCGUAUCGGCUCAGACCCAUUGGCCUACGAACCCAAACCAGACUCUGAGAACCUCCCCAUCAUCACCAUCGACCCGGCUUCCCCUCAGUCCCCGGAGUCUGUGGACCUGGCCAACGAGGUGCCCCAAGGCUGCAGCGGCCUCCCGCCCUCACCCGAGGAGGAUGAGGAGGGUUUGGUGAUGAGGCCCAAGGAACCUUCCUCCCCCGGCACCGACGACGUCUUCACCCCGGGGACCAGCGACAGCCCCAGCAGCCAGCGGAUGCUGCGGUGCCUGAGCGACCCGGGGCCGCAGCAGGAGCCGGAGGAAGGGGAGCCCUUCAUCCCCAAGGCGCAGUAGUGCGGGUCUGCCCGCUCCUUACAGUGGUUUCUCUCUCUC